AAAUCCUACGAUUCUAAUCUUUCCAAUCUUUCACAUGAAGUAAAUAAUUUUAUUUCCAACUCCUCGUCACUCUUGUGGGAGCGAUAGCAAAAAAAAAACGAGCUUGAGGGCCCCGCAAGAUUAGGCACACACAGCUUGUGGUGUGAGAAAAAAAUGAGAAGUGUGAUGAGUGUGAUAGAGAGAAAUUUGGCGCGCGCGAGAGAGAGUAGAAUUUUCUGUUUGAUAAAGGUGUCUCUUCUUUUCGCAGAGCUCUCCUGCGCUUCCGGAGGGGUGAUCGUGUGCUCGCUGCUUGCAGUCCAGUAGCCAGUUGGGGAGUGUAUCGAUGAGACAUGGCCAUGUGCUUGAGUUGCAUUUGUGGCCACGCGAGUGACGACGACGGUGAUGAGGGUGAUAUGCGGCAGGAGAGUCAACGACUGGCCACGAUGGAGCCGUGUACAAAUCUCACACAAUUUGCAGCAGCACUGGCACUACAGGGAUUCUUCCUUGUGGCCCUGGCAUCUCCGGAUGAGGUGCAGUGCUACUUCUGUGGUGUUCGGCUGUCCUCGUGGGAGGAUGAUGAUGUUCCCCUGCGUGAGCAUUUGCGGCAUUCCAACAAUUGCCCCCUUUUGCGUGGCGAGAAGACGGACAAUGUCCCCAUAAAUGCACGUGUGAUGGUUAAAUUCCUCCGUGAUGUGUACAAGAAGUACCUGAGUGUUCCCACGAGUCCCUACUGCCGGGAAGAUCGACGUUUGGAGAGCUUCGAUGAGUGGCCUGGGGGUGAUGCUCGAGAAUUGGCGCGCUUUGGGUUCUACUACGUGGGUACAGGAUGGGAUGUUGAAUGUAUCUUCUGCUACAUGCGCCUGGACAUGACACCACCAGUUGUGGGCGACAUUGUGGCGCGACACCUCGAGGCGCCCGACUGCCCGCUCUUCCGGGGCCGAGCAAGUACGAAUGUGCCGCUUGAACCCGAACAAACCAACCGGCUAAUCUAUGAGCUGGCUGGACAGAGACCUGCCAGUGAUUGUUUGGUGCUCCCAGCUGAAAGACACGAAGCUCAGGAGAAAGCCAGGAAAAUGCCACGAGAUCCAAGGAGGGUCAGCAUCAUCACAAAUCCCCUCAAUGAGAGGUACGUUCACACACCGAUGCUUCGGGAUUUGCACAUUGAGAGGAAUCGCCUGAAAUCCUUCCACAGUUGGCGAGGGAUGGCCGACAAGCACGAAUUGGCGCGUCAAGGAUUCUACUUCACGGGCAUCGAUGACGUCGUUCAGUGCAUCUUCUGUCGUACCCAGUUCUCAAAUUGGCAGCCCGAAAGUGAUAUUCUCGAGGCACACGCAACGCCCGGUCGGUGUCCCUUUUUGCGUGGCUUCGAGACAGCAAAUGUGCCCCUUGCGGCCAUCAUGGAGGAUGACUCGCCGAGGAACAGCCCGCUGCGUAGGAUGAUGGAGUGUGAUGAAAGAUGCCGCGAGAUCUGCGAUGAGACUGUUGAAGAUGAUAAAAUGUGCAAGAUUUGCUAUGAAAAUCCCUACGAGACGGUCUGCCUGCCCUGUGGACACGUUGCCAUGUGUACACAAUGCGCUUCUGCCGUUGAUCGGUGUCCCUUCUGCCAGCAGAGAUGUAGCAUGGCCAGACUCUAUUUUAUGUGAUUGAUUCCAUCAAGAGAAUCCCUUCCGUCUUAAGAGAAAAAAACUCCAAAUCAAAGAAAUCAAGCCAAAGGCAGCAGAAGUAGGAGAAGAAAAAUACGCAGAGUCUGAAUGUUUUACAUUAAUUUAAUUUAAAUGUUUUUUUGCAUCUUAAAAUCUCAACACAGUUAUUUAUAGAAUAUUUUGGUUUUUAAUUAAAUUUUUUCAUAAUCUUUCA